AUGGCAUCUCCAUCCUUCUUUGUCAAUAAGAAAUCAGGAGACCUGCGACCAUUUCAGGACUACAGAAAACUCAAUGACGCCACCAUUAAGAAUGCCUACCCUAUUCCAAGAGUAGAAGACCUAUUGGAUUGCGUUGCCUCUGCUAAGCCAACCAUGUUCACCAAGCUUGAUUUACGCAUAGGGUACAACAAUGUAUGCAUCAAAGGUGAUGAAUGGAAAGGAGCAUUUAUUACUCCACAAGGGUUAUUUGAACCAACAGUCAUGUUCUUUGGAAUGACAAACUCUCCAGCAACCUUCCAAGCUAUGAUGGAUGGCAUCUUCGCAGAUCUACUACUAGAAGGAUGGCUUGUGAUCUACAUUGAUGAUAUUCACAUCUAUUCCGCCAACCAUGCAGAACAUUGA